CUGUCUUUCAGCUCCAAUUCAAACAGAAAUACCCAAACUUCCACAAAUUUCAAACAAAAUAUCCUCAUCUUCAUCAUCAUCAUAAAAAUCCAACGGCCACAAUUCCACUCACACCGUACACUCAAACACCACAAAACCCAAUAUAUAUACACCCACACACAAAAAAAAAAUACACACACCCACACACCAAACACAAACCCAUCUGUCCCUUUCUCUCUUCGAUACUCUCUCAAAGUCUCAACAAUGGCGACGAGCAUCCCCGAAAACCUAACCAGAGACCAGUACGUGUUCCUAGCAAAGCUAGCUGAACAAGCUGAGCGCUACGAAGAGAUGGUCCAGUUCAUGCAAAAGCUAGUCCUGACCUCAACACCAGCUUCGGAGCUCACAGUCGAAGAGCGAAACCUGCUCUCAGUGGCUUACAAAAACGUGAUCGGCUCGCUCAGAGCCGCGUGGCGUAUCGUGUCCUCGAUUGAGCAAAAAGAAGAGGGUCGGAAGAACGAGGAGCAUGUGGCGCUCGUUAAGGAGUACAGAUCUAAAGUCGAGUCCGAACUGUCUGAUAUCUGUGCUAGUAUUCUUAAUCUUCUCGAGUCGAACCUCGUACCCUCGGCUUCGGCGAGUGAGUCUAAGGUGUUUUAUUUGAAGAUGAAGGGUGAUUAUCAUAGGUACAUGGCUGAGUUUAAGGUUGGUGAUGAGAGAAAAGCCGCGGCUGAGGAUACUAUGUUGUCUUACAAGGCUGCUCAGGAUAUUGCACUCGCGGAUCUUGCUCCAACACAUCCAAUAAGGUUGGGUCUAGCUCUCAAUUUCUCUGUGUUCUACUUCGAGAUUCUCAAUCAGUCAGAUAAGGCUUGCAGUAUGGCUAAACAGGCAUUUGAGGAAGCCAUUGCUGAGCUAGACACUUUGGGUGAAGAAUCAUACAAGGAUAGCACCCUUAUCAUGCAACUUUUAAGGGACAAUCUCACUCUUUGGACCUCUGAUGCACAGGACCAGUUAGACGAGCCAUAGAAGGUAUUGUAAGCUUGACCGGUCCUUUUCUUCUAAUGGAGGAGGUGGGCUUCGAAUGUCAUUUGUGUGCUGAUUAAAAGUGUGUAAUAUCUUGAAAGACUCUGGGUAUCAAACCCUAUAACAUGAUGUUUAAUCUUCAGAGUAAACUUGUUUCUUCUUUGGAAAUUGGUUUGGAAAGGGUAGCAUUUGAUAAAGAGUACCUAUUAGCUUUUUAUAUGAUGCAAACUUCCUGUGUUGUGGUUAAUAUGAUUAUUAGCAUUCCGAAUAUAAUUUUUUUUGUGCUG